AUAAUAUCAAACGAAGUGUUUAACCCGCUCCUCCGGCUCCCGAGCGAAGCCCUUCGCCGCAUCGCAGUCGCCGAAGUAGUGUAUCGCAGGGGAUCUCUUUCUUUCUUCCCCUCUCUAGGGCUAUGGCUUCUUCUUCGUCUCCUCAAGGCGCCCCCUCCUCCGCCGCUCCCCCUCCUCCUCCUCCUCCUCCGCCCCCCUCUGCGGCGAAGAAGGGCUUCCUUCGCCGCGUUCUCCCGCUUCUCCUCACCGCGAAUCUCGCCGUGGGAGUCUACAUAUUUGCACGUACCUACCAGAAGGACACGGACAAAAAAGAAGAUGAGGCCGCUGUGGCCGUCCCUGCAUCGACCACAGCUGCUACCGCUACUGAGAAGACAUCUGGCGUACCUGCUCCUCAGCCAGUUACGGUUCUUCCUCCGGUGUCCGAAGAAGAGCAGCGCGAGCUCUUCAAGUGGAUUCUGGAAGAAAAGAGGAAAGUCAAGCCUCGCGACAAAUCGGAGAGGAAGAAAAUUGAUGAAGAGAAAGCUCUUCUCAAAGAGUUCAUCCGUGCAAAAUCACUUCCAAGCUUGUGAGGUUUUAAAUGGUUAUGAAAGAUUUUUUGUGCUCAUUCCUAGUGAUGGAUGGGAUUUUCUUCUUUAUUUAUUGUGCGACAUGUAUAAAUACUUGGAAGCUGAUGCCUAGUUGGAUUCAAUUGGCAAGUUUCGGUUCGUUAAAUGUGGAGCGGUUUUGCUUUCGAUGCAGAUAAUUGUGGGUAUGAUUUCUCUUUGUAUUGAGCACUAUUUGGAACUGAUGUAUCAUGCAAUAUGCCUAGCAAUGGACAUUGAACAGCUUAUGAAGCAGACCAAGCCGCUUCCCGGACUCGGCGUAUCUUGUACCUCCUGAGCCGUUGUUGCA